AUGAUAUUCAACCCUUGCCUGAUGGCCCUGGCCAUUGUCCCAGGCCUUGUAUCAGCAACUCCAGCUCCAACUUCUGGAGCUAUCUUUCUGCGACGCACCCCGACCGUCCAACCAGGUGAACUCAUAACAGACGCCGUCGCCCGUCUUAAUCUACCUACUCAGCAUCGUCUGAAUGGAACUACAGCUACUACCUCCCCCGCCUGUGCAUUCAGCCAUAAUUACAACUCCUCUGCCUCCGAGCUCACCGCCCCUCUCGCAUACGUCAACCCAGCCCUCGUCGGGGUGGGCCAAGGAACCAGCAACAGCAGCGCUCACUCCAACAUCACGGAUCUCUGCGGCGCUUCCAUUAUUGUUAUCAAUCCCCUUUUGACCAAGGUGGUAGCUGCUACGGUCGCAGGCAGUUGUGGGAACUGCUCGAUGUAUGAUGUUGAGCUUUCGAGGGCGGCAUGGCAAGAUUUAGCAGGAGCAGAAGCAUUGGGGGGAGAUGGAGGGGAAGUGUUGACGGGCAAUGGGGAAUCAGAGGGAUUGAAACCAAUGUCUGUGAGGAGGGUUGUGCAAGAGAAGAUAGGCGUUUCUGUUCAGUGGAUAAUUCUAGCACGUCUGUCAGGGCCGCAGCGGCAACUUAAUGAGAGUCAGAAUCCAAAUAUGAAUACCACCCAGCGGCCGAAUAAAGGCAAGGGACGUGUUCCCAUCUUCCCUGGAAUUGGCCAAGUGCGAAUGUGGGCAUCGCUUUAA